AUGUACAGAUGUAAAACGUAUGGACCUACCUUUGGGAAUGGUCAUGAUAUACACAUAUCCGACGGCUCUGAGAACAACCAAAACUCCUACACCAGAUGCGGUUACACGUACACGACACCUUCAGGGUACUCUUAUGGUGACUGUGGUUUUUUUACAGGGGGGUUUCAUUUCUCUCCAACGGACGUCGAAGUAUUCUAUGAAGCAGGCCUUGGUUUGUCCGCCAUACUUCGAAGUCUUGAUUACAACCAGUACUUGAAGGUGCUGUUUUCGUAUUUGGACCCAGUCCUUAUCAAUAAAGAGCGUAGCAGGUUUGUGAGGUGUUGGCACGCAGAGACUGACGGUUGGGCAGCAUCGACAUUCCACAGUAACUGCGAUGGAAGGGGACCCACAGUGACUAUCAUCAAAGUUAACAGUUUUAUCUUUGGUGGAUACACUGACGUGUCCUGGACCAGCAGUUGUGCUUAUUCUUCAGCCAGCAAAGCUUUUGUUUUCUCUCUUUACAACAUCAAAGGAUACAAUCCUGUGAAGCUGACACAAUACCAAAACCAGCAGUACGCAAUGUACAGCUGUUCCUCUUACGGACCCACGUUUGGUUCAGGACAUGAUAUCUACAUAUCAGAGGACGCAAAAAACAAUCAAAACUCCUAUACUGAAUGCGGCAAAUCGUACUCUAACCCCACGGGUUAUUCGGGUACAUACUGUGGGUUUUUCACCGGAAGUCAUUCUUUUUCUCCAUCUGACAUUGAAGUUUUCUUCGAAAUAACAAACUAAACACUAAAAACUAUGCUGUCUAAGUAAGUAUUAAGUAAGUAUUGUAACAAUAGAGUUAAUAGAGUUAGUGCCUCUUCACACAAG